UGACACCUGGUUAUAAACACAGGCAGGUUUCCAAAGCACUUAUCACAAACCACCAGAAAAAAACCAACCGGCAUCACCAAGAGACGUAAUGACCUCCAGUAAAGCUGAACUGCCAGGAGAGGUAAAGAGCGACCCGGCUGCGCUCAUGGCAUCUCUACAUCUGAUGCCCACACCGGUACCCAACCCUGAGAUCAAGUAUACUAAGGUUUUCAUUAAUAACGAGUGGCAUGAUUCUGUGAGCGGUAAAGUCUUCUCCACGUAUAACCCAGCCACUGGAGAGAAGAUCUGUGAUGUCCAGGAGGCAGAUAAGGCAGAUGUGGACAAAGCGGUGCAGGCAGCCCGCUUGGCCUUCUCUCUGGGUUCAGUAUGGAGAAAGAUGGAUGGAUCUGAACGUGGAAGGCUUUUGUUCAAACUGGCUGACCUGGUGGAAAGAGACAGAGCAUACCUUGCUACCCUGGAGUCUCUGGACAGCGGCAAACCUUUCCUCCCCUCCUUCUUUGUGGACCUUCAGGGAACCAUUAAGACCUUUCGAUAUUUUGCUGGAUGGGCAGACAAGAUCCACGGGUCCACAAUUCCUACCGAUGGAGGAUAUUUCACCCUCACCAGGCAUGAGCCCAUUGGAGUGUGUGGACAGAUUGUUCCUUGGAACUUCCCCCUGGUGAUGACAGCAUGGAAAUUGGGGCCGGCGCUGAGCUGCGGAAACACUGUUGUCCUUAAACCUGCUGAGCAGACCCCUCUCACCUGCCUCUACCUCGGAGCCCUGAUCAAAGAGGCUGGGUUUCCACCAGGAGUCGUCAAUAUUUUGCCGGGCUACGGGCCAACUGCGGGAGCUGCGAUCUCUUCACACAUGGGCAUAGACAAAGUGGCGUUCACAGGAUCGACUGAGGUAGGCAAGCUGAUCCAAGAAGCAGCGGGAAAGACCAAUCUGAAGAGAGUCACGCUAGAGCUGGGGGGAAAGAGUCCCAACAUCAUUUUUGCAGAUGCUGAUUUGGACCUGGCGGUCGAGCAGGCCCAUCAGGGUGUGUUUUUUAAUAACGGUCAAUGCUGCACGGCUGGCUCCCGUAUCUUUGUGGAGGAGCUCAUUUAUGAUGAGUUUGUACGCAGGAGUAUAGAGAGAGCUAAGAGAAGGACAGUGGGAAAUCCUCUUGACCCAACCACCGAGCAGGGACCUCAGAUCAGUGCGGAGCAACAGAAUCGUGUGCUAGAGCUGAUUCAGAGUGGCAUUGCAGAAGGAGCUAAACUGGAGUGUGGUGGCAAAGCACUGUCAACUAAAGGCUUCUAUUUGGAGCCCACAGUCUUCUCUGAUGUACAGGACCAUAUGCGCAUCGCCAGAGAGGAGAUAUUUGGGCCAGUUCAGCAGAUUUUGAAGUUUAAGACAAUUGAAGAAGUGAUUGAGAGAGCCAACAACUCAGAUUAUGGUCUGGCAGCAGCUGUCUUCACCACAGACCUCAACAAGGCCAUGACUGUCUCUGCGGCUGUGCAGGCCGGCACUGUCUGGAUUAACUGUUAUAAUGCUCUGAGCUGCCAGUGUCCUUUUGGAGGAUUCAAAAUGUCUGGGAACGGUCGAGAACUGGGGGAGUACGGACUAAAAGAGUACACAGAGCUGAAAACCAUUACGAUGAAGCUGUCAGAGAAGAACUCUUAAAGCACAAACAUUUACGUUCCUAGCAAAGAGAAGUCCUUCUCUGAGGUUAACCACUAGCCAUUAUCAUUUGGUUCACUAUAGUGGUAAACACCACACAGUAACCACCCAUCACUUCUGCAUUGGAGUGCCUCUUCUUCUGCAUCCUCAUGGGCUGUAAUCACGGACUACCCAACCAUCUCCAUUAGCUCAGUCUCCAGUGUCCACUAGCAGUUUUCAUGUCCACUAUCGCCAUUAACAGCCCACACCCAUUCCAGCUGUGGCCUCUUUUCGCCGGCUCCACUAACCAUACUUAAGCACUCGGAGUCACGGUGAAGGAAGGCUGCUCCCUUGACCACUGCACUGGCAACGUGCAGAAACUAACAGACUACGCUCUCUCUGAUGUCUCCUGCACAAAGUGUGUUUUAACACACCGCGUUGCUAAAGGAGCUCCGUUGUCUUCGAGCAGGGAGAGAUGUCAAUCUUAAUCUCAUAAAUAGCUUGCCUCUCCACUGGGUAGAUUUCUAGUAGGCAUAUUAGUUUUUACUAAGACCACUGAAGCUUUCUAUCUCUGAAAAGAUUGUUUCUUAAAAUGUGUAUUAAUUCUAUAAGUUGAUUUUUUCAAAUAUUUUUAUUGUCUUCUUGCUGUUAUAAUGUAUAACUUUGUCAAUGUCUUGACAACCCUUACAGAAAUCUGACAAUGGAGAUACAUGUGUGUUUUGUAUAUGUAUGUCACAUACAUGUACAUGUAUGCAGCAUAAGGUACAAAAUACAACAAAAUUGCACAUUUGCAUUUAUGCAGCACAUAAAUGUAACGUGUGUAGUAUUUUAGUAUAUAUAUAAAAAUGCAUGUAUUUUCUCUUAUAUAAACUAUAUGUAUGUGUUUAUAUAUCAGAUUUUCGUAAAGGCCAUGUAAACGAAAAGGAUUUCCAUAAAAAUAAUCUGUGGUUUGCAUUUUUGACAAAUGAUUCCUCAAUGAUGCCCAUUUAAUGUCAGGUUUAAAGAAUUAUGUACUAUGAAUAUUAAAGUUAUGAGAUAUAAUAGAAUGAGUUUGUCAUUAAAUUGUUUUAUUCAAAGUUCA